AUGGCGACAGAGACUAGAAUAGUGAGGAUAGGCAGUCGGGAGCUGGGCCACUUCGAGCAAGUCGGCGGCGAGAAGCUGGGCAAGUGGCACAUCUCUACGGAUCCCCACUCAUCACAAUCCAUGGAAGCGCUACGAGAAGCAGCACGGGAACUCAAGACGAGCGACAUCCCCGUGGCUUUCCCAACCGAGACCGUCUACGGACUCGCAGCCGAUGCCACGCGCAGCAAGGCCGUCAAGGGCAUCUACGCCGCCAAGGGUCGACCUGCGGAUAACCCGCUCAUCGUUCAUGUCAGUGACCUCGACAUGCUCCGGCGUUUCCUCCAGCCGCGAGAUGACAAAGAUGACACCAACGGCUGCCAUGGCGAAGGGAACACCAACACCAGCUCACAAACAGCACCGUCCUGCCGCUCCUCCUCCUCAUCCUCCUCCUCGCAAAAGCCCGCAGACCCCAUCCCGACCAUCUACCAACCCCUCAUCGACCGCUUCUGGCCCGGCCCCCUCACCAUCCUCCUCCCGAACCCCACCCCCUCCAAGCUCGCCCCGGAAGUAACAGCCGGCCUCCCCACCUUCGGCGCCCGCAUGCCCGACUCCCCGCUGGCCCUCACCCUGAUCCGCCUCGCCAACGCCCCCCUCGCCGCCCCCUCCGCCAACGCCUCCACCAAACCCUCCCCGACCACCGCCACCCACGUCCUCGACGACCUGCACGGCCGCAUCCGCCUCAUCCUCGACGGCGGGCCCUGCACCGUCGGCGUGGAGAGCACCGUGGUCGACGGCCUCUGCGACCCGCCCGCCGUCCUGCGCCCCGGCGGCGUGUCGCUCGCCGAGCUGCGGUCGUGUCCCGGCUGGGAGGGCGCCGUCAAGGCGUACAAGGAUGCCGCGGAGGACGGGAGGAAGACGGCGGUUGCCGCGCCCAGGGCCCCGGGGAUGAAGUAUAAGCAUUAUAGUCCCCGGGCGCGCGUCGUGCUGUACGAGGCGGCGUAUCGGGCGGGUGCGGAUGGCGUCGCGGUGGAGGAUUGGCAGCGCGUGCUUUGCCUCCCGGGAGGUUCUUCUACUGCUUCGCGAAUGGGGACCAUUCGCACCCGGAGGUGGAAGCGGGUAGGCGGGCUACAGGGCGGUGGGAGCUCGCUCGUCAUGCCCGAGGUUGUGGCGGAUGCGGGUCUGGCUACGACAGAUGGCGGGGAAGCGCUGUUCGAGGUGCGGGAGGGCGAGUUGCGAGAUGGCGACGGCAAGCCUUUGGCGCGCAUUUUGGACAUCGACUUGGGAGACGACACGAGGGGGAUCGCCCAGGGGUUGUUUUCGGCGUUGAGAGAGCUGGACAGGAGGCAGGUGGACACCAUUUUCGUCGAUGGGAUUAGCGAUGGGGAUGACAUGGCCGCGGCGGUCAUGAACAGGUUGCGCAAAGCUGCGUCGGAGAUACGGGUGUAG